AUGGCGCCUGUAGGAGCAGUUCAAACGCUCCUAUCACCCGCCGAACUAUCAUACCUGCAUUCAUCGCUGUCACUGUCCCCGCCUAUUCGACCAGACGGCCGAACAACAACGCAGUUCCGCCCGCUUGUGGCCGAGACCGACAUUCUUCCUGGCACAAAUGGAAGUGCGCGGAUAUGUUUUGCGGACGGGACCGAAGCGAUCGUCGGAGUCAAGGCAGAGGUGGAGAAGAGCGCUGUCAGGCGAGCAGGCAACGCAGAGGUUGAGGGAGACAAUGACACCGUCAACGUAUCAAAGGACGACGACGUCAGUGCGGGCGAGAAUUCCUGGGUCGAGCUGAGCAUUGAGAUUCCAGGGUUCCGCGACGAUGAUUCCCUGCCUGUGUUUCUGUCGGCGAUGCUGAAUGAGGGCCUGCUUGCCUCGGGCGAGCUUCCUCGGAGAUUACGUAUAAAUGCGCGGUUUCACUGGAAGUUGUAUAUUGAUAUUCUCCUCCUCUCUCCACCACAGUCGUAUCCUCUGCCUUUACUUUCCCUCACGACGCAUCUCGCGCUCUUACACGCGCGCGUGCCUCGACUUAAAUCCGAACUCGACGAAGAUCCCUUAUUCGACGACGACUGGGCCGCUAGUGUUCCUCUUUACUCUCCUCCUUUGUCAUCAUCCUCUUCUUCUACAUCCGUCAACAAACCUUCCACUUCCACAUCCUCAGCACCUGCACCAGCAUCAAAAUCAUCACUCGCAUCUCCAGCAAACACACCAAUCCCAUCCCGCCCACCCAUCACCCUCCUCGUCAUGGCCGUGGGCAAUAACAUUCUGUUUGACCCGAGCCGUGAGGAACUCGUCGUUGCAGAGGUUGUACUCGCCGUCUCUGUUGGCGAGACUUCUUCCUCUUUCUCUUCUUCCCCUUCUAUUUUAUCUAAUCCGUCUUCUUCUGGCCCGUCUGGCCCUUCUACCACAUCAUCAGCUUCCGGGCCCGGCGCUUCGUCAUCGUCAGCUCCUGCUGCCUCAUCCAAGUCCGACUCCGAGACAAAGCGCACCCUCCACCUCCUCUCCGCACGCACCAUCGACCCCCCCUCCCGCCUGACCCCGCCCGGCGUGCCCAACGAACUCAACACCGCCACCGGCGGCACCGCGCCCGUCUCGGCCGCCGACGCGAUUGCCGCGCGCGAACAGAUCCUCGGCGCCGUAUGGACGCCGCCCCGAGGCGGAGUCAAGCGCGGCUUACUUUCGCGCAUGAUAGACUUGGUCUUGCGACGCGGUGGCGUGGCGGAUGAAGUACUUGAUGGGCUGGGCGGUGUUGAUGUUUAG